AUGGCUGACGAGGUUUACGACGGUGCGAUCGGUAUCGAUCUCGGAACCACCUACUCCUGCGUUGCCAACUAUGAGGGCACCAACGUUGAGAUCAUUGCCAACGAGCAAGGAUCUUUCACAACCCCAUCGUUCGUCAGUUUCACGGAUAAGGAGCGUCUGAUUGGUGAAUCUGCCAAGAACAAUGCCGCCAUGAAUGCGAGAAACACAAUCUUCGAUAUCAAGCGAUUGAUUGGACGUCGAUUCGAUGACCCAACAGUCAAGAAGGAUAUCGAGUCAUGGCCGUUCAAGGUCGUUGACCAAGAGGGCAGCCCCAUGGUUGAGGUUGAGUACCUCGGCGAGAACAAGAUUUUCUCCCCACAGGAAAUCUCCUCCAUGGUGCUGAGCAAGAUGAAAGAGGUUGCUGAGGUCAAGCUGGGCAAGAAGGUCUCCAAGGCCGUUAUCACCGUCCCGGCCUACUUCAACGACAACCAACGUCAAGCUACCAAGGAUGCUGGUGCCAUUGCCGGUCUCAAUGUCCUCCGUAUCAUCAACGAGCCUACCGCCGCCGCUAUCGCUUACGGUCUCGGUGCCGGAAAGUCUAAUAAGGAGCGCAAUGUCUUGAUCUACGAUCUCGGUGGUGGAACUUUCGAUGUCUCCCUUCUCAACAUCCAGGGUGGUGUCUUUACUGUCAAGGCUACCGCUGGUGACACUCAUCUUGGUGGUUCUGACUUCGAUACUGCCUUGCUCGACCACUUCAAGAAAGAAUUCCUCCGUAAAACGAAGAAAGACCUGUCCAGCGACCCACGUGCUCUCCGCCGUCUUCGUACCGCAUGUGAGCGUGCGAAGAGAACUCUCUCCAACGGAGCCCAAACCACUGUUGAAAUCGACUCCCUGUUCGACGGAGAGGACUUCAACGCCCAGAUCACCCGUGCCCGUUUCGAGGAUUUGAACUCCAAGGCUUUCAACGGUACCCUGGACCCAGUUGCCACAGUUCUCAAGGAUGCCAAUCUCGACAAGAGCAAGGUCGACGAGAUCGUCCUUGUCGGUGGCUCUACCCGUAUCCCACGUAUCCAGAAGCUCUUGAGCGACUUCUUUGAUGGGAAGAAGCUUGAGAAGAGCAUCAACCCUGAUGAGGCUGUUGCUUACGGUGCCGCCGUUCAAGCUGGUAUCCUCUCCGGAAAGGCCACCUCCGCCGAUACUGCCGAUUUGCUGCUCUUGGAUGUUGUUCCCCUUUCCCUCGGUGUUGCCAUGGAAGGUAACAUCUUCGCCCCGGUUGUUCCCCGUGGACAGACUGUCCCUACAAUCAAGAAAAGAACCUUCACCACUGUGGCCGACAAUCAGCAGACGGUUCAAUUCCCAGUGUUCCAGGGUGAGCGUGUCAACUGCGAGGACAAUACUUCUCUAGGAGAGUUUACGCUUGCUCCAAUCCCCCCCUACAAGGCUGGUGAGGCCGUUCUCGAGGUGGUCUUCGAGGUUGACGUCAACGGUAUCCUCAAGGUUACUGCUACUGAGAAGACAUCUGGACGCAGUGCCAACAUUACCAUCUCCAACUCCGUCGGAAAGCUGUCUGCUGGUGAGAUCGAGAGCAUGAUCAAUGAUGCCGAAACCUUCAAGAACAGCGAUGAGGCUUUCAGUAAGAAGUUUGAGGCCAGACAACAACUCGAGUCGUACAUCUCGAGAGUUGAGGAGAUCGUUUCCGACCCCACUAUGUCUCUGAAGCUUAAGCGCGGAACAAAGGACAAGAUCGAGUCUGCUCUCAGCGACGCCAUGGCCCAACUUGAGAUUGAGGACUCCACUUCCGAUGACCUGAAGAAGAAGGAGUUGGCACUGAAGCGUGUUGUCACAAAGGCGAUGUCGACCCGCUAG